AUGGGCCCUGAUGCAUUGCGGGAGCUCGCACGGGCGGCGCGUGUAUUGAAGCUAGACACCACGAGUAAAAUAGAACGACAGGAUCUGCGAUGCUCCUUCAGGCAAGCCGUAAGGGCUAGUCACCCCGACAAGGGUGCUGGGUCGGUUAACGCGUUCAACGAGGUCAUGUCUGCAUACCACAAACUCAAUCGCUACUUCGACGAGAGAGACGAGCAAGCCGCAUACCGGGAGCAGCACCAACGCUCCUUCGGACAACCCGUGUACGACCACGAUAUGGUGUUCAGCGAGCAGGAGAACGCCUACUUCUUCCAAUGCCGAUGCGGCGAACUCGUCGAAGUCUCCACCAUCGCAAUCGCCCUGGGCGUAAAGUCCUACACGUGCGAAACGUGCUCACUGCUGUACACUCUGCAGCGCUCAUGA